UGCAAUCAAAGAGAACAAAAAUGCUUCAGAAAUUGUCAAAACAGUCAAUUUGUUGAUCACAUCCUUAAGCACGGAUUUUCUUUGGGAUUACAUGACGAAAUGUUUCGAAGAUUGUUUCAGAAACAAAUCCACACAGAUGAGAUACCCUCUUGAAAAUAUUAGCACCCCUCCUACAAUUUCAGAGCUCUGCACACUGUUGGUGUUUCUUCUUGACGUGAUUCCUUUGGAACUCUACUCUGAAGUGCAGACUCAGUAUCUUCCACAGAUGCUUAGUUAUAUGGUGCAGUCUCUCCUGGAAAAUAUGGAAGUAUUAGGUUUACCAGAACUCACUCAUGCCUUAAAGACCUGUUUUAAGGUGCUUAGCAAAGUACAAAUGCCCCCUUCCUAUUUGGACAUUGAGACAGGAAGUGGAAAUGGGAGCCCAGUGAAAAAGGAAAAUGUGGACAUUACCUUGGAGACUAAGCCUGUGCUGCAGGAGGAGGAUGAGACUCCAUUUCCUCCCCUGAAGUCAGAAGACAGUGGCAUUGGCCUAAGUGCUUCUUCCCCAGAGCUCUCUCAGCACUUGGGAGUGCCAACUGUGACCCUUGAGAAAGACGAUGUCUGGAAGAAAGGAGGGAGCAUUCAGAAGACUUUGUAUUGCAUCCAGGAGCUGGUUGCCAAGUUUUCCAGUAAAUACAUUUUUGGGGUGCAAUUUCAAGAAACAAGUAAUGAAAGCAUCUUAGCAAUGAAUCUGAGUGGAAAAGAGAAAAAAGAGAAUGGCUACAGAUUGCCUGAAAGUGCUAGCAAGAAAAAGAGCCCAUGGGAUGCAAAGCAAAUCACUGUACCUCAGUUUAAACAAAUGCUUUCAGACUUGUUCUCAGUUCGAGGAUCAGCAUUCAAGACCAAGAGUUCCAAUCCUCUUCCUUCUGACCGCAACGCUGGUAAUAAAAAGGAAAAGGAGGAAGAAGAGUGGGACUUAGAACAAGUGAUGCUUGUCUUGGGGCCCCUUAGAGGUGACUGCAAGGAAGCUUUCGCUGCAGCUUGUCACCUUUUGUUGGAUUGUACCACGUUCCCAGUAUACCUUUCGGAGGAGGAGAUGGAGCAGUUGUAUCUCUCUCUUUUUCAGGUUCCUGGAGGUUGUGAUGCCAGCUUCCCUUUGUGGCUGAAGUCCUUAAUGACAAUAUGCUGUUGUGUGAAUGACUGCUAUGUUCAGAAUGUGUCCAUCUUCACGCUGCUGGAGGUGAUCAACCAUUCCCAGUCACUGGCACUGGUGAUAGAAGACAGGAUGAAGCGGUACAAAGUGUCUGGCCACAACCCCUUCUUCGGAAAGCUACAAAUGGUCACCCUUCCUCCCAUUGCUCCUGUUGUUCUAAAGAUCAUCUCAGAGAAAACAGAUUUCUACCAGAGAGUAGCCUGUGUUCUCUGGAAUCAGCUCAACAAAGAGACACGGGAGCAUCAUAUUGCCUGUGUGGAACUGUUCUACAGGCUGCACUGCUUGGCACCGUCAGCAAAUAUCUGUGAAGACAUUAUCUGCCAUGCACUUUUGGAUUGUGAUAAAGGGACAAGGCUGGAAGCACUGUUCAGAUUCUCAGUCAUGUGGCAUCUGACCAGAGAGAUCCAAGGCAGCAGAGUGACUUCUCACAAUCGGUCCUUUGAUAGGUCUCUGUUUGUGGUACUGGACAGUCUCAAUUGUUCAGAUGGCGCAAUUGGUGCUGCAGCACAGGGCUGGCUGAUCCGUGCUCUUUCACUUAAUGAUGUUGCACGGAUUCUUGAACCAGUCUUGCUGCUGCUGCUUCAUCCAAAGACACAGCGCACGUCCAUCCACUACAUCAAACAGAAAAAUUCAGCAGAAGAUAUACAUGAUUGGCUUUGCAAGAAAAAGGCCUCUUUGAAAGAGUCUGGCAUCUCUGAGAGCAAUUCUGAGGAAAACCUUCCAUUGAGCCAGUUCACUACUGUGGAUAGAGAAGCAAUUUGGGCAGAAGUGGAAAAAGAUCCAGAGAAGCUGGAGUUAAAAACUGAACAGUCUGAAAACGAUGGCUUUUGUAAUCCAGUAACUUCACAUGAAGCAGAUGGUGACCAAGAUAAUAGUGAGCACACAGAAUCAGCAGACACCAGCACAGGCCAUGACAGUGAAAAUACAUCCUCUUUCUCUCCUUCUCUGGAGCUGCAAGAAGUGAGCAAUGAGGACGAUGACAGUGCUGCAACUGAUGGCAAAGAGACCACAAACCAUGUGAGUUCUCUCAAUGCAUUCCUUCCUGAAAGUUGCAAAUCCAGUGUAGCACUAAACCUUGUGCGUGCAGACUCUGAGAGAACUCAAGCAUCAGAAUCUCUGUCAAGUGAUGAAGAGGUGGACUUGGAGCUCCAGGAAAUUACCCAUUCGAGAUUGCUCAAGCAGCAGAAGGAAAAACAGGAGAUGAUUGAGGCUCUGUUUAAACAUAUGCUGUUAUAUUUGCAGCCUUAUGAUUCUAAGAGGGUAUUGUAUGCUUUUUCUGUUCUGGAGGCAGUGCUUAAAACAAACCCUAAAGAAUUUAUUGAAGCUGUAGCUAGUACAAGCAUGGAUACCAGCUCCACAGCACAUUUGAAUCUUAUUUACAAUCUUUUAGCUCGCCAUCAGGAAGCUCUUGUAGGACAGAGUUUUUAUGGCAAGCUUCAGACUCAGUCCCCAACCAUGUGUCCCCAUUCUCUUCUAAUAGAAUUGCUCACUUACCUCUGUCUCAGUUUUCUGCGCUCGUAUUAUCCAUGCUACUUGAAGGUCACGCACAGAGAUGUGCUUGGCAACAGAGAUGUUCAGGUAAAAAGUGUGGAAGUCCUGAUUAGAAUGAUGACUCAGUUAGCUACCAUGGCAAAGGCAGCAGAGAAUAAGAACACAGACUUCAUACGUAAUUUGCUAGGAAGAUGCAAAAUUCAAGAGUUUGUUCUUCUUUCUUUGUCUGCAUCUAUGUAUAUAAGUCAGAAACGAUAUGAACUGCUUAUGGCAGACCGAGUUAAUAAUGUUGCUGAAGAACUCUUUGAAGAGAGCCUAAUCAAUUUUGGGCAUGAUCAAAUAUGGAGCGAACACCCACUCCAGAUUGAGUUGCUGAAGCUCUUGCAGGUAUUGAUUGUCUUGGAGCACCAUCUUGGACAGACUCAUGAGGAGCAGGAGAAUCAGCCAGACCUCUCUAAGGAAUGGCAGCAGGCUCUUAAUUUCCAGCAGGCUAUUGGUGCAAUGCAAUAUGUCUAUCCACACCCAAUAACUUCACAGGGAUUAUUCGUCUCUGCUGUGGUUAGAGGUUUGCAACCAGAGUAUGGCUAUGGGAUGCAUCCCACUUGGGUAGGCUUAGUCACAUGUUCCCUGCCCUAUUUUGGGAAGUCUUUAGGCUGGACUGUGGCACCAUUUGUUGUACAGAUAUGUAAAAACCUGGAUGAGCUUGUGAAACAGUAUGAAAAUGAAGCUGUGAAGACAUCUGCAAAAACAUCAGCAAGCUUAACUUCUAAAAGAGAAAAUAUUACACCUGAUUACCCACUAACCCUUCUGGAAGGUCUGACAACCAUUGGUCACUUCUGCCUUCUAGAUCACCCUAAUCAAACUAAAAAGUCAUCAUGUUUAGCUGAACCUGCAAACCUGAGAAAUGCCAGGAAUGCGAUUUUGGAAGAAUUGCCUCGCAUAAUUAAUUCCAUGUCCCUUCUUUGGAGCGUUAUUAAGAAGGAAGACUCUCAAAAAAGACCAACUGACUUCUUUGGAACAACUAAAGGCUCUUCUUCAGUCUACUUUAAAGCAACCAAAACAUUAAGAACUAAAAUACUGGACUUCUUGAAUCCAUUGACAGCACAACUUGGAAUCCAGCUGGUGGCAGCAAUUGCAGCAGUAUGGAAUAACAAGAAACCUCAUAGGAAUCAAAGUAAAAUCAAGAUUCUUCCAGUGGCUAGUGCAUCUCAGCUUAUUCUUGUGGACUUACUAUGUGCACUUAACACAUUGAGAAUUGACACUAUAUUACACCUGGUCAAAGAGGUAGUCAAGAAACCACCACAAAUCAAGGGUGAAGAGAAAUCUUCACUUGUAGAUAUUCCAGUGCUGCAAUUCAGUUAUGCAUUCAUUCAAAGACUGCCUGUCUCAGCCUUGCAGGAGAACUUCCAGUCCUUAUUAGGACUUCUCAAAGAGUCUGUGCAGUUGAACUUGGCUCCUCCUGGACACUUUCUUCUUCUCAGUAUUCUGAAUGACUUUGUGACUAGGACACCUACUCUAGAAAACAAAAAAGACCAAAAAGACUUGCAGGAGGUGACACAAAAAAUCUUGGAGGCUGUAGGGACUGUUGCUGGAUCUUCUCUGGAACAGACUAGCUGGCUGAGCCGAAACUUAGAAGUGAAAGCUCAGCCUCAGAUUUUACCAGAUGACUUCAACAUUGAAGAUGUGAAUGAUACAUCAAUGGCACCAUCUUCAAUGGUUUCUGCCUCUGCCCCUUCAAUAUACAGUGUCCAAGCUCUUUCUCUCCUUGCAGAAGUUCUUGCUUCUCUUUUGGACAUGGUUUACCGGAGCGACGAGAAGGAGAAAGCUGUGCCAUUGAUUUCACGUUUGCUUUAUUAUGUAUUUCCUUAUCUACGCAACCACAGUGCCUACAACAUUCCUAGUUUUCGUGCUGGUGCUCAGUUGCUCAGCUCAUUGAGUGGAUACGCUUAUACCAAGCGAGCCUGGAAAAAAGAAGUUCUCGAGUUGUAUAUGGAUCCAGCUUUUUUCCAGAUGGACACUUCAUGCACUCAUUGGAGAUCCAUUAUUGAUCAUCUUCUAACACAUGAGAAAACUAUGUUUAAAGAUUUGAUGAAAAGCAAGGAGACUUUGGCUGACUUUGCAAGUGUCUGUAUACUGGCAUCAAGCCGUGGGAGUAUAGUGCACCAGUACAGGUUCCAGUAUAAGCUGGGAAAUGACCUAUUAGAGAGCAGU